AUGAUAUGGCGGAGCAGAGCUGGUGCUGAAUUGUUCUCUCUGAUGGCUCUAUGGGAGUGGAUAGCACUGAGUCUUCAUUGCUGGGUUUUAGCAGUUGCUGCUGUUUCGGAUCAGCAUGCCACAAGCCCCUUCGACUGGCUCCUCUCUGAUAAGGGACCCUUCCAUCGUUCACAGGAAUACACAGAUUUUGUGGACAGAAGCCGGCAGGGAUUUAGCACAAGAUACAAGAUAUACAGGGAGUUUGGCCGCUGGAAAGUAAAUAACCUUGCAGUUGAGAGAAGAAAUUUCCUUGGCUCCCCUCUGCCUCUUGCCCCUGAAUUCUUCCGCAACAUAAGACUUUUGGGACGUCGACCUACCCUUCAGCAAAUCACAGAAAACCUUAUCAAGAAAUAUGGGACACAUUUCUUGCUAUCUGCUACUCUGGGAGGAGAGGAGUCACUCACAAUUUUUGUGGACAAGCGGAAGCUGAGCAAACGAUCUGAAGGAAGUGAUCCCAGCACCAACAGCUCCUCGGUCACUCUGGAGACGCUACAUCAACUAGCUGCUUCCUAUUUCAUUGACAGGGACAGCACCCUUCGGAGACUUCACCACAUUCAAAUUGCAUCCACUGCCAUAAAGGUAACAGAAACACGGACGGGUCCUCUUGGCUGCAGUAACUAUGACAACCUAGAUUCUGUCAGUUCUGUUCUGGUUCAGAGUCCUGAGAAUAAGAUUCAGUUGCAAGGGCUGCAAGUACUCCUUCCAGACUACCUUCAGGAGCGUUUUGUACAAGCAGCUUUGAGCUACAUUGCUUGCAAUUCAGAGGGAGAGUUUAUCUGCAAGGACAAUGACUGCUGGUGUCAGUGUGGUCCCAGAUUUCCAGAAUGCAACUGCCCCUCCAUGGACAUUCAAGCCAUGGAGGAGAAUCUUCUUCGCAUAACUGAAACCUGGAAAUCCUACAACAUCGACUUUGAGGAAUCAGAUGAAUUCAAGUUCUUUAUGAAAAGGCUACCCAUGAAUUAUUUCCUCAACACGUCUACCAUAAUGCAUUUGUGGACAAUGGACUCUAAUUUUCAGCGCCGCUAUGAACAACUGGAGAACAGCAUGAAGCAACUUUUCCUAAAGGCACAGAAAAUUGUACACAAGCUCUUUAGCCUUAGCAAGAGAUGUCAUAAACAACCCCUCAUCAGCUUGCCAAGACAAAGAACCUCAACCUACUGGCUCACUCGCAUCCAAUCUUUUCUCUACUGCAAUGAGAAUGGGCUCCUGGGCAGCUUUUCAGAAGAGACGCACUCGUGCACGUGUCCCAACGACCAGGUGGUCUGCACGGCCUUCCUGCCCUGCACGGUGGGCGACGCGUCCGCCUGCCUCACCUGCGCCCCUGACAACCGCACCCGCUGCGGCGCCUGCAACACGGGCUACAUGCUCAGCCAGGGGCUCUGCAAGCCCGAGGUCGCCGAGUCCACCGAUCAUUACAUCGGCUUCGAGACCGACCUGCAAGAUCUCGAGAUGAAGUACCUGUUGCAGAAAACGGACAGGCGACUAGAGGUCCAUGCCAUCUUCAUCAGCAACGACAUGCGCCUCAACAGCUGGUUCGACCCCUCCUGGCGGAAGCGGAUGCUCCUCACUUUGAAGAGCAACAAGUACAAGUCGAGCCUGGUCCACAUGAUCCUGGGUCUCUCUUUACAGAUUUGCUUAACUAAAAACAGCACCCUGGAGCCGGUAUUGGCCGUUUACGUCAAUCCCUUCGGAGGCAGCCACUCUGAGAGCUGGUUUAUGCCUGUGGAUGAAAACAGCUUCCCCGACUGGGAGCGGACUAAGCUGGACCUCCCCCUGCAGUGUUACAACUGGUCGCUGACUCUGGGGAACAAGUGGAAGACAUUUUUUGAGACAGUGCACAUCUACCUGAGGAGUCGCAUCAAGUCAAAUGGCCCCAACGGCAACGAGAGCAUUUACUACGAACCUCUGGAGUUCAUCGACCCUUCCCGGAACCUGGGUUAUAUGAAAAUCAAUAACAUUCAAGUGUUUGGCUACAGCAUGCACUUUGACCCGGAAGCAAUUCGGGACCUGAUUCUGCAGCUGGACUACCCCUAUACUCAGGGAUCCCAGGACUCAGCACUUUUGCAACUUCUAGAGAUAAGAGACCGUGUAAAUAAACUCUCCCCACCCGGUCAGCGUCGUCUAGAUCUCUUCUCUUGCUUGCUUCGUCAUAGACUCAAGCUGUCUACUAGUGAGGUGGUGAGGAUCCAAUCUGCUCUGCAGGCGUUUAAUGCCAAAUUGCCAAACACAGUGGAUUAUGACACGACCAAAUUAUGUAGUUAACCAUAAAUGUCAAGCACAACCCAAAAUCUUGAAGGAGUUUUUACAGUGCU